GGACGCAUCAACUUUUGCCGAUUUACGGGAGAACUUACGAGUCAUUUACAAAAAUAAAGUCCACGUUCGAAUCAUAUGCUGAGGAUUACUUACCUUGUUUACGCAAAUUCGACACUGGAGUUAACCAAUUGAUUCAAACUCUCAACGAGAUCCGUGAUGCC